AGCACCCCUAUUAAAAGGCACAGGGUCGAGAUAGACGGCAAACUGUUUAGGAACAGUGAGUCCCACUGUGGAGGAGGAAAGACCGUUCAGGAUGCCAGAGCCCGUGAAAAAAGCAGUUUCAGCGUUUGCCAAGAAACCAAAAGCUCAGGAAGCAGAGGAGGGGUCCUCCGUGGUCUUUGAGGCAGAGACUGUGAAGCCUGAUGCUAAAGUCAAAUGGCAAUGCAACUCAAAGGACAUUGACAGUGGGGACAAAUAUUCGAUCACCGCAGAAGGAAACAAGCACUCCCUCGCUUUAAAAGCUAUUACCAAGGAGGAUGCCAAUGUCUAUGCAGUGAUUGCCGGGGGGUCAAAGGUCAAGUUUGACCUGAAAGUUGUAUCAAAGCCAGCUCCGGUUGAGGCCCCUGCUGAUGCAGCCGGGGAGACUGUUGUUGAACCGGAACAUGCUCCCGCUCCGCCUGCUGAGGACCAGAGCGCUGCUCCGGCACACGAUGCUCCUCCAGCUGAGGAGGGACAGCCUCCGGACACCAGACAGGACCUGACUGGACUCUUCACAGAGAAACCCCAGAGUGGGGAGGUCACUGUAGGUGAAAACAUUACAUUUGUGGCUAAAGUGAAUGCUGAGUCGUUGCUGAAGAAACCCACCGUUAAAUGGUUCAAAGGGAAGUGGAUGGAUCUCGCCAGCAAGUCUGGGAAACACCUGCAGCUCAAGGAGACCUACGACCGCAGCAGCAAGGUCUAUACGUUUGAGAUGCAGAUCAUUGCGGCCAAGGCAAACUUUGCUGGAGCUUACAGAUGUGAGGUUGCAUCCAGGGAUAAGUUUGACAGCUGCAAUUUUGACUUGGCUGUACAUGAGGCAUGUGCUGCUGAAGGCUUUGACAUAAGAGCAGCUUUUAGGCGCACGAACGAAGGCGGUAAGAAGAGGAGUGGACAACAAUCAAGUAACGAUGGGAAAGAAGACUCUGGGGAGCUGGACUUCAGUACCUUAUUAAAAAAGAGAGGAUCGGUCCAUGUGAGCGCAGAGCCGGAUAUGGAUGUUUGGAACAUUCUCAGCCAUGCUCCCUCUUCAGAAUAUGAGAAGAUUGCCUUUCAGCACGGUAUUACCGACUUGAGAGGCAUGCUCAAGAGGCUGAAGAAGAUGAAGAAGGAAGAGAAGAAAAGUGAAGCUUUCCUCAAAAAGUUGGAUCCAGCUUACCAAGUGAAAAAGGGACAUAAGAUAAAAUUAGCUAUUGAGGUGGCAAAUCCAGAUGCUGAGGUGAAAUGGCUGAAGAAUGGACAAGAAAUUCAGCCAUCUGCCAGCAAGUACAUCUUUGAGAGCGUCGGCAACAUGCGCUACCUCACCAUCAACCACUGCUCGCUGGCAGAUGAUGCUGCAUAUUGCUGCGUGGUGGGGGAGGAGAAAUGCACCACCGAGCUCUUUGUUAAAGAGCCUCCCAUUGAGAUCGUGAAGAACCUGGAGGAUCAGAUGGUCAUGAAGGGCGAGAGGGUGGAGUUAGAGUGCGAAGUCUCAGAGGAAGGAGCCAACGUUAAAUGGGAAAAAGACGGCGUUGAGUUGACAAGGGACGAGUCUUUCAAGUAUCGCUUCAAAAAAGACGGCUGCAAACAUGUCCUGAUAAUUAAUGAGGCCACAAAAGAAGACUGCGGCCACUACAAGGUUAAAACGAAUGGCGGCGAGUCCAUGGCUGAACUCAUGGUGCAAGAAAAAGACCUGGAGGUCUAUCAGAGCAUUGCAGACCUCACAGUGAAGGCAAAGGAUCAGGCCGUGUUUAAAUGUGAGGUGUCGGAUGAGAACGUGAGAGGAACCUGGUACAAGAAUGGUGCAGAAGUCAAGUCGGAUGCCAGAAUCAACAUCACACACAUUGGCAGGAUCCACAAACUGACCAUAGAUGAGGUGAAACCAGAAGAUGAGGGGGACUACACUUUUGUGCCAGAUGGCCAUGCGUUCAACCUAUCGGCUAAACUCAAUUUCAUUGAGGUGAAGAUUGAUUAUGUGCCACGCCAAGAUCCUCCCAAGAUCCACCUGGACUGCAUGGGGCGCACGGCGGAUUCAACCAUCGUGGUGGUGGCGGGCAACAAACUGCGUUUGGACGUGCCCAUCACUGGAGACCCUGCCCCCACAGUGAUCUGGACCAAAGGAGAGAAGGCUAGUUCUGUUAAACACGAUGGAGAAGAGAAAGAAGGGCCGGCAUCCUCUUGGACCAGUAAGGCUGGGAAAGUUGUCACAGAGGGAGAUACCAGAGUCCAUGUUGAAACCACCAAGGGACACUGCAUCUUCACCAUCGAGGGGGCGGAGAGGCAGGAUGAGGGGAUCUAUUCCGUUGUGGUUCGAAACCCUGCUGGAGAAGACACUGCAGAUAUCAACGUGAAAGUUGUUGAUGUUCCAGAUCCUCCACAGGCUCCCAGAAUCCUCAGUGUGGGAGAGGACUGCUGCGUGGUGCAGUGGGAUCCCCCUGCGUUUGAUGGUGGACAACCAGUUCUUGGUUACGUGGUGGAGAGAAAGAAGAAGAAGAGCUACAGGUGGAUGAGAUUGAACUUUGACCCUUAUCCUGGAACGACCUAUGAAGCCAAGCGGAUGAUUGAAGGAAUGGAGUACGAGAUGCGGGUCUAUGCUGUCAACGGCAUCGGCAUGUCCCGCCACAGUCCAGCCUCGCAGCCUUUUGUGCCAAUCGCCCCCACAAGCGAGCCCAUCGGACUCAGCCUGGAAGACGUCACUGACACGUCCAUCUCGCUGAAGUGGCGGCCUCCGGAGAGGAUCGGCUCGGCUGAGCUUGAGGGUUAUGGGGUUGAGUACUGCAAGGAGGGCACGGAUGAAUGGAUACCAGCCUUCGAGGGUCUGACUGACAGGACGUCGAUGGUCAUCAGAAACCUCACCACCGGAGACAAGCUGCAGUUCCGCGUGCGCGCCUACAACGUGGCGGGAGCCAGUGCCGCCACCACUCUGGCCCAACCUGUCACCAUCAGAGAGAUAAUGCAACGCCCUAAAAUUUGGGUUCCUAGAAAUCUCCGCCAGACUCUGGUCAAGACAGUUGGAGAGACGGUCAACCUCUUGAUUCAUUUCCAGGGUAAGCCCAGGCCGAAGGUCACGUGGACCAAAGACGGGGAGCCUCUCGGGCCCGAGUUGGCGAGUGUGAGGAACAGCGACAGUGAUACGAUUUUCUUCAUUCGCAAGACGGAGAGAAAACACUCGGGGAGGUACGAUCUCCAGGUGCAGAUCGAGAACAUCGAAGACACAGCCAGUAUUAUACUGCAGGUUGUUGAUCUCCCAGGGCCCCCGCAGGCACUGAAGAUCACUGAUAACUGGGGCUUUAAUGUGGCACUCGAGUGGAAGCCGCCGAAGGACAACGGCAACUGUGAAAUAACUGGUUACACCAUUCAGAAGGCUGAGAAGAAGACCAUGGAGUGGUUCACAGUCUAUGAGCACUACAGGAGAACCAACUGCGUCGCAUCCGACCUCAUCAUGGGGAAUGAAUACAUCUUCCGAGUCUUUGCCAUCAACAUGGUGGGCCCCAGCGAGGAGCCCUGCACCUCAAUAGACAGCGCUUACAUCCAGAAAACAGGUAUCGAGUACAAGCCGCCCACCUACAAGGAACACGAUUUCUCCCAAGCUCCCAAGUUCACGCAUCCGCUGGUGAACCGUUCCAUCAUAGCGGGAUACAGCACGACCCUCAGCUGCUCGGUCAGAGGCCUACCAAAGCCCAAGGUCACCUGGUACAAAAACAAGAUGGACAUCUCAAACGAAGCAAAGUACCGGAUGCUCAGUAAACAAGGUGUUCUGACACUGGAGAUCCGUAAGCCCUGCACCUUUGACGGAGGAGUGUACACGUGCAAAGCAGUUAACGACAACGGAGAAGACAUAGUGGAGUGUAAACUGGAGGUCCGACCUCAAAUUCCUAAAGAAGAAAAGAAAUGAUGAGGUUUGGGCUGCUGACUGAAGAGAUAAUAAAUGUAUCUCCCGCACAGAAACUUUUCACCUGCAUUACAAACUGUUUAUUCUUUAUCUAGAAUACAUCACCGUAAUUGCUGUUGUCUUGGUAUCAUUUGUAACUCAUGAAACUAUUUAGUAAAUGUGCGUAGUAGCAAUUUCCCUUGUUAUUUUGUCUCAUUUAUCUCUGAUUUAGCUGGUCCUAAUAAUAGUUUUCAGUAUUUGGAUGUUUCUGUGCUUGGGAAGGUAAAAAUAAAUGCAGCAAAAACACAAAA